AUGCCACCCACUCUUCCUCCUGAUAUUUUCGCGAUCAUCUUUGGUCAUCUCGAGGCCAGAGAUGUUCUUAACGUGAGACUGGUGAGACCAUAUGCUCUCCUAUUUUUGCCUCGAGGCUCAGCAAGCGAAAAGGCAUGCAAAGAUUUCCACCAGCUCAGCAAGCUACGAAUAAUUUGGGAUUCCCUCCUUCAACGAGAUGUAAUUCAACUCGACAUCCCUAUUCCAGGGCUCCACGGUCGAGCGCUAGACACCCUUGCGGCCGAGGAGCUUGAACACGCCUUUCACACCGCCUUGAAACUGCGUCGAAACUGGGUAGCUGACUCGCCUGUUAUUCGGAGAGCUGUUCUGGUAAUUGGCGUCCCGAAUUCGCGAAUCAUUGCCCUGUUUCUCCUCCCAGAUGAAAGCAGUCGGCGCUUGAUUUCUCUAUCCUCGUUGUACGGCCAGCAAGGAGUUGUCGUAAUAUGCUGCUGGGAUACCAGCUCGCUCGACCCAAUCUGCAUUGCGAGACGGGAGGUCCGACAAUUUGGACGGAUGGCCGUCAACCGGGUCGCCUCCAGCCAUGGCAAGAUCGCCGUUGUUGUUGGACCAAAGUUAGAAAUUCUUUCGCUCGCCUCUGGAACCUCCAGCCCAAGUCAGGCAUUUGUGACCUCCGCCAGCAUCGAAGUCGACCAUGAUAUUCAAGGUGUCGACGGAUUUCACGGCUCGUUGGUUCUUACUCGAGACAGGCUACGGUCAUAUCUCUGGGACAUCAACAAUCCUGCAGCCAAAAUCAUCCUGAUAAACGACGCAACCCAGCCCGGCCAAUUCCUGGAUUGCAUACUCGCAGAACAAUUCAUCAUCGUCCUGAAGGCUGGUGCGAUGGAACUGUAUGCACUUCCUCCGUCGAUACCAGCAGGGCCAGCUCCUCUUGAACUCGGGCCUGUGGUGACCCACAGUUGGCAGUGGCGCGUCGACGACGCAGCUAUGUCGGUACGGCAUGGGCCGAGAACGAACAACGGUGUUACCAUCCUCCUUCGCUACGGCACCCUCUUCCCCUGGGCCGUUAACGUGCUCCACCAAUAUGAGCUGCGGCCAAACUUGUUUUACGAUCCAUUCAGUCCUCUGACAGAAAUGAAUCUGCCAUACGACUUCCCGCCCGGUUUGAACGACACGAUAGGAUCGCCUCCACACCGAAGCUACUUCAACCACGCCGAUCGGGGUCAACGGCUUGCGGGAAAGCUGGCGACCGUCAACUAUGAGAGCAGCGAAGACGAGGAGGAGCCAGGGCUUGCUCAGUUCACCAGUUCAAUGGCGACGUCGGUGUACGCCUAUCAGGAAGAGGACAACUGGGUCGCGGUCGAAUUGGACGAGGUUGAGGGUAAAAUUAUCCUCGGACACGACGACGGGUUCAUCACGAUACAAGAAUAUGUAUAA